UUCUUCCUGGUACGCCAUCCUCACCUGGCCUCCCCGGCUGGGGACCCCACCUUCCAUCAUGAAUCAUGAACGGAGCCUCCACAAUAACGCGGUGGCCUGGCUGGUGUGUUCGGGGCUGGCUGUCCUCGCCAACGCCUGGGGGAUCCUCAGCGUCAGCGCCAAGCAGAAGAAAUGGAAGCCUCUGGAAUUCCUCAUCUGCACCCUGGCUGGGACGCACAUCCUGAACAUCUCCAUCCCCAUCACCAUGUAUGCCGUCGUCCAGCUCCGCCAGCAGCACUCGGACUACGAGUGGAACGAGGGCCUCUGCAAAGUCUUUGUCUCCACCUUCUACACCUUGACGCUGGCCACCUGCUUCUCGGUCACCUCCCUUUCCUACCACCGGAUGUGGAUGGUGCGCUGGCCGGUUAACUACAGAUUAAGCAAUACAAAGAAGCAAGCGGUCCACACGGUGAUGGGCAUCUGGAUGGUGUCCUUCAUCCUCUCCACGCUGCCGGCCGUGGGCUGGCACGACACCGCCGAGAGGUUCUAUGCCAGCGACUGCCGCUUCAUCGUCACGGAGAUCGGCCUGGGCUUCGGGGUCUGCUUCCUGCUUCUCAUCAGCGGCAGCGUGGCCAUGGGCGUGGUCUGCGUGGCCAUCGCCCUCUUCCAGACCUUCUCCAUCCAAGCAGGGAACAACCUGGACAAAAACAAGUUCAAUGUGCCCACCAUAGUGGUGGAAGACGCCCACGGCAAACGCCGCUCCUCCAUAGACGGGUCGGAGCCCAUCAAGACUUCCCUACAGAUCACCUAUUUAAUCACCGGCAUCGUUUUCCUCUACGAUUUCCUGAUGGGAUUUCCUGUCCUGGUGGUCAGUUUUGCCAGCUUGAAGUCGGACAUGGCUUACGACUGGAUGGUCCUGUGUAUCCUCUGGUGCUCCGUGGCUCAGUCCCUUCUCCUGCCAUUGUUCCUCUGGGCCUGUGACCGCUACCGGGCCGACGUCCGCUCCGUCUGGGAGAAGUGUGUGGCCAUCAUGUCCAACGAUGACGGCGGGGAAGAAACUAGUUUGGACCGGCCGAUUCCCACGGACUUGAUGUACUCACAUCCCUACCCCGACAACUUUUCUGGGGAUGCUCUCGCUCUGGACCAGAUCGCCAACUAUGACCUGGAGAGGGGGGUCCCCCAGGUCUACCCUGCAAAGCCUGUCCUGGAGGACAAAAUGCAGUAUCUCCAGGUCCCUCCCACCAGGCGUUUCUCCCACGAUGAAACCGAGAUUUGGACCACCAGCCAGAUUUCAGCCUACUUCCAGCACUGGGCAGCAGGGGAGGACCUCACGGCUGAGCUGGCGAGCCUGCUGCUCCCUCAGCCUCCGUACAACCACCGGCGGAGGAGCAGCGUCCUCUCCUACCAGGAGGACCGGCGUCCGUACCGCAAGCGCCGGAAGUCCGUGGAAAGCACGUUAUCCCUGAAGCCAUUCUCCUGCGAAGAUGUGCACAGGCAGGGAGGGUACAAGUGCUUUAGCAAGGAGGAGGUGAUGGAUUUCAUGGAUGACCCCAGCCCCCUUCCCACCCCAAGGAGAGCCCCCUUGCGUUCGGCCUCCGUCUCCCUCCUCCCAGACGCCUUCCCGCGCUGUUCCACCGCCGUGGCUCUCAGCAACUUCCCCUUGACCACUUUUGAGCGAGAGCCCCAAGUCUUGCGAAGCAUCUCAGUCCAGGGGCGAGGGAGCUCCCUGGGGGUGCCGGCCCCUCUCGUGACUCAGGAGGACGUGAAGGCCCUCUUCCCCAAAGUGGGCUUGGACAUGCCUGGCCACGAGCAGGUUCACGUGGAGCUCUGCGAGACACCUGGGACGGAGGACCACCCCGCGAGCAGCAGCUGCUCCACAUCAGAGGGCUUCCGGACAGGUCUCAGUCCCUCCUGGGGCGGCCAAGAGGACCUACGGAAACACGGGAGCAAGGGAAGCACGUGCAGUUUCUUGAGUUCGCCCUCGGCCUCCUCUGGAUACGUAACGUUCCACUCCGAUUCUAUCGGCUCAGCCUCGUAGACCCCGGGCACCUUCCCGCAUGGGCACCUUCCCGAUUUCCU